UUCAAUCUGCCCCUGAGAAGGACAUAUUUCUGAGGCUGGGGGUAGGAUCCUGUGCAGUUCAGCUCAGCUCCUGAAUCAGCUCCGUCUCUCUCUCUCUCUCUCCCUGCAGGCUUCCUGCACACCCUCUCCCUCUUUUUCCAAUAUUAUUUACAAGUAUAUUUUAGUGCCUUUCUAAACAAAGCUCACCACCGCCAGCAGCCAUGGACGCCAUUAAGAAAAAGAUGCAGAUGUUAAAACUGGACAAGGAGAAUGCCUUGGACCGAGCUGAACAAGCCGAAGCGGACAAGAAGGCAGCGGAGGACAGGAGCAAGCAGUUUGAGGAUGAUGCUUUGCAACUAGAGAAGAAAUUGCGAACCGUGGAGGAUGAGAGGGAUAAGUUUAUAGAAGAUUUCAACAAGGCGGAAGAGCGGCAGCUGCUGGCGGAGGAGAAUGCCACUAAGGCUGAAGCAGACGUCGCCUCUCUGAACAGACGCAUCCAGCUGGUUGAGGAGGAGUUGGACAGGGCCCAGGAACGCCUGGCCACCGCUCUGCAGAAGCUGGAGGAAGCUGAGAAGGCUGCAGAUGAGAGUGAAAGAGGCAUGAAGGUCAUUGAGAACAGGGCCCAGAAGGAUGAGGAGAAGAUGGAACUGCAGGAGAUCCAGCUUAAGGAAGCCAAGCACAUUGCAGAGGAGGCUGACCGCAAGUAUGAAGAGGUUGCACGUAAACUGGUGAUCAUUGAGAGUGACCUGGAGAGGACUGAGGAGCGGGCGGAACUCUCUGAAUCUCGGGCUCGCCAGGUGGAAGAGGAGGUUAGAAUAAUGGACCAAACCUUGAAAUCUUUAGCAGCAGCAGAAAGCAAGGUACUGGAACUAAUACACUCUAUGGCCUUGCCUUGCUCCCUCGCACCACUGUGUGCUAUCUAAACACAUCUGGUGCGG